UGCUCACAAGCCCAGGAUGGAAUAGGAGCUCAGGAUGGCUGUGUCAAGCUCAGUGCUCCAGACUUACUUUUUUAUUCUUCUUCCUGCCAUUGCUGCAGAGAGUGGCUCUGGGGAACCAUUUGGCUGGGAAAUCUGUGCAGAUGGGGAACCGGAUACCACCUUCAAGUGUUUCAUUCGGCUUGCAGACCAGCUGGAUGGUGAUAUUAUCCUAAUUUGCCACAUCUCAGGAAUGGAGAUGUACUUAAAUGAAACUCCCAUGUAUUUCACUUUACGUUACGAUGACAAUGAGCAUGCAUGCUCAGCGGAAAACCAGCUGGAAUAUAAAUGUUCUCUCAGGGAUGAUCUCAUCUAUCAUUCUGUUGAAGCCUGCCUGAUAAUACAAACAGAACAGCAAUGUAGACACUGCCAGAAACUGAAUCUCAUUGAAAUCAUUAAGCCUGAUGCACCAUUUGACUUAAAUAUCACAUACCAAGAAAAGGAAGGUGCUUAUCUGGUUCAAUUCUCCAUUCCACCCUCAUCACAAGGAUAUCUAAAAGAUUCCUUAAUAUACGAAAUGGCCUACUGGACUGAAAACGCCAACUGGACCAUGAGUAGCAAAACCAAAUUAUUUCAACGUGUUCCAUUAACACUUCUGAGAAGGGAAUUUCAACCAAGCACAAAGUAUGAACUAAAAGUUCGGUCCAAGCCCAAUGACAGUUUUUUCAAAGGCUUGUGGAGUGAAUGGAGCUCUUCUGCCUACAUCCAGACUGCACAGAGAAUGCCAGAGGAAAUAAAUAAUAAAAUAAUCCUGAUGACAACAUCCUUCGUGGCCUUCUUUGUACUGCUCGUCCUGAUUUCUCUGAUCCCAAUAUUUUGGAAAAGCAGGAUCAAACCCUUUGUGUGGCCAGCCAUCCCUAACCAUGAGAAAACUUUGGAUAAACUCUGCAACAAAUUGAGAAAGAAUUCUGAGAUAAGCUUCUUCAAUCCUGAGAGUUUUGGGUACGCUCACAUCCACAAGGUAGACAGCAUUCAAGCCAAGUCAGAAAUGAAGCAUUUUCAACAGUUGCUGCUUCCUAUGGAUGUUCCAGAGACAGCUGGGAACAGACUGGAACUAACAACCCACCUGAGUCACAUCAAUCAUGGCUGGCUGAAGCUGUCUCUGGCAUAUGAAGGGAUGUGGCCGGCUGAGCUGCUAAACAGGCAUUUGGGCAGAAGUUGCUGUAUCAGCAGUGAUGAGUUCAUCAAAGCCAACCUGCAUAAUGAGAGCGGUGUGGGUGGUCAACACGGUUGUAACGAUGCUCACAGUCCCCAUUCAAGUGCAUUGCUGGAUCCCACCAUCUUGCCUGGAUUAGAAUCCUGUCAACCAGUUUACACCAACAGUCAAGUUAAGGUAGCAAGCAAAGAGGAAGCCUAUGUCACUAUGGCAAGCUUUUUUGAAAGCAAGGGAAACCCAGGAAACCAAAUAUAAACAAGCGUCACUCUGUAGAGUUAACAGUGAGGACACAUGG